AUGGACCCCUCCACCUCCGCCACUCCCUUGAAGUCAUCGGGCAUCCCAAACUUCUCCUCAAUCGCAAGACCAUCAGCUUCCAGAUUGCCUGCUCCCAACAACCAUCACAAAACUGCACUGCCCUCUCCUACCAAAUCUUCUGCUUCGCUGAAACCAUCUCCCACCAAAAAGGCUCUACCAAGACCACUGUCAUCUAGCGCUGGCUUCAGGUCUAGUAUUUCUGCUCCUUCUUCCGCUAUCCUUCCACCCAGGACAUCAUCGCAUCGCUCUACCUAUUCUGUCUCGGAGAAGCCUGCGCCUGCCACUAGGAAACCUGCUUCGCGUCCAGUCUCGUACAUUGCGCAAUCUCGAAGACCUGUUUCUAGCAUCAUCACCACUGCUCAGCAAGAAGAUUUGAAUGACCAAUUAGGCUCUCUGGAUGCUUUCCGCAGUGCUUCGCGCGCUGCUUCAAGGCAAGCCGAUUACGACGAUGCGCCGCAAUUGGAUCAUGCCGACGAGCCAAAAACUCCAAGCGCAAAGAGGGUAUCUCGGCUCUCUUUGUCGGACCGUACCGUCGAAAGUCUUUCGCGACUUCCCGAGACUCCAGGGACCGACAGGCGGAGGUCCAGUUUCUUCGCGCCACAAAGUCCGAUGGGCCAGUCAUCAAGUCCGGCCUCUGCUAUGAGUAUAGACGAGACGAGAGAGCUACCACGUCCCACAACUGUUAGUAAAAUGCCUUCGCCAUCCAAGAGAUCCUCUGCCAUGCCUCCCCCAGCGAGCAAGAUGCCUGCACAGGUUGCUCUUCCGAGGGCACCAUCCUCGAUCGGCCUGACGCCCUCGAGACUUGGCCGUCCCGCCUCUGUAGCAGGUAAACCUAUCACAGCCGCCAGUACUCCCAAAGUGUCCUCAAUGAAGCCGCUUCAACGGACGAGUAGUCUUCGACAGCCUGGGGCAGGUGUGGCUGCCACUCCCAGGCCCAGGCCAACCACCAGCAAUUCAACUCCAGCUAUCAAAACGAGACCAACGCCUGCAACAGCUGUGAAAGUUGCGCCCCAGAAAGAGCCGCAAGCAUCUCCGGAGAAAGCAGCUAGUUCUUCCGCGGCGCUUAGGAAUCAGAUUGCGAAAGCCAAAGCUGCAAAGAGAGCACCGGUGGUCGCCAAAGGACAGCAAUCGAAUAGCCAAGGCAACGACUCUGCAUCUGAUCCUUUCGCAGACCCAUUCAAUACGAAACCGAAAGGCUCCAGUGGCCUUAUGCGUAAGAGGAUUGAAGCAGCUCGUGGCGAUGGACGUCUCAAUAUUGCAGGACUGGGGCUCAAGAAUAUCCCAGAUGAAGUAUUGAGCAUGUAUGACCAACGAGAAGAUAGCAGCAUGAACUGGAGUCAGAUGACAGAUCUUGUUCGCUUUGUAGCAGCGGAUAACGAUCUUGAUACAAUUUCUGAUGACAUAUUCCCUGAUGUCACCACUGAAGUGGCUAUGGAUAACCAGAGUGAGUUCAAGGGGUUGCAGUUCCGUGGUGUGGAGAUGCUUGACCUACACGGAAACAAUCUCCAGGCAGUUCCUGCUGGCUUGCGCUGGCUGGAGAGACUGACAGUUCUGAACUUGUCUCACAACAAGCUGGGCAACACCGUCUUUGACACUAUCGGCCAGCUUGAAUCAUUGCGAGAACUCAAGAUAGGUAACAACAACCUGUCUGGCUAUCUCCCUCAAACAAUAGGCCGUUUAAACAAUCUGAGGACUCUGGAGUUACAGCACAACAAGCUUCUCAGUCUCCCUGACGGUCUGCGCGAACUUGUCAACCUGCAGGUCCUCAACGUGGCUGGAAAUCAACUCACAGGUCUCCCCAUGGACGUUUUUGAGACCCUCCCUAUUGUUGAUCUCAAUGCCUCGAACAACGCCAUGGUGGGCGCACUGUUUCCUUUCAGCGUAUCCGGACUUGCCAAGCUCGAGCGUCUAGAUGUUGCGAACAACUCAUUGGCCUCACUGGCCUUCUCUGAGAACUUGUCGUUACCAGCCAUCAAAUCGAUCAACAUGGCGAGUAACAGGAUAGUCGCACUGCCAGAUAUGUCUGGGUGGAAGGAAUUGGUGUCCUUGGUCGCUGCUGAUAACAAAAUCUCCAUGCUUCCUCAGGGUUUCACUGGUUUGAAGUACCUCAAACAGGCCGACUUGACAGGAAACGAGUUGACAAAACUGCACGACAACAUUGGUCUCAUGGACUCGCUGGAUGUGCUUAAAGUAGCCGCGAACCCACUCCGGGAACGUAAACUAUUGAACAUGUCGACAGAAGAGCUCAAACGCAGCUUAGCUCAACGCCUGAGAACGUCUGGCCAAGGAGUUGCCGGCGAAGAAUUUGAAGACGAGGGAAUCGACAUUCAGUCACCUCGCGAUUCUGGCUCGCAGUGGGGUGUCGUCUCUGGCACUCUUGACCUUCGAGACAAAAACCUUGUAGACGAUGAUGCCGAUGUGCUUCGAUCCAUCUUCAGCACAGAGGACGUGCGUGAGCUCAAAUUGGCUCGCAACAACUUUGUCACAAUUCCGUUCGAGAUCUCUUUGGCUCAAAACCUUAGAAUCUUGGAUUUGUCGAAUUGCUCGCUGGGAGACAGGUAUUUGACCGAGGUCGUGACCUUGACGGCUUUGCAAGAGUUGUUCCUGGGCAGCAACAAGAUCUCGAGCUGGGAGCCACUCCUGACUUUGCUACAUGCGCCACGCCUUUCGUAUCUAGACGUGUCCAACAACAGACUGGUCGGGUCGGUGCCCAAGGUCAAAGAGUCUUUUCCGGAGCUGAGGAUCAUGCACGCCGGAAGCAACAGAAUCGAUGCAGUCUCAGAUGAGGCUCUGGCAGGAUUGCAGUCGGUUGACCUUGCAGAUAACAAUAUAGGCUACAUACCUCCCGAGAUUGGGUUGUUGUGGGACCAGGGUCUCAAAGGCUUAUCAAUCGGAGGGAAUGUGUUCCGGGUACCUUCACAUCGGAUCCUCGAGAAAGGAACGGAAGCUACGAUGCUGUGGCUAAAGGACAAGAUAGCGCAGGAUGAUGAGACAUUCUAG